AUUAAUAAUCGGGGCUGAUCGUGGGGUACCGACAGAAGUUACCAUGGAAACCACUUCAUAAAUAAAAAGUUUCGCAUUUCGCGUCCAUUGUCGACUUCAAAAAAUGCUUUCAGCAUCUGUUGCAAUUAACGACGGCGAUUUUACAAAAACUACAUACAAUUUGAUAAAGGAAGAACGGUAUGGCGAAGCUAUAAGAAUCCUACAUGGAAUACCAGAAUCUAAUUUAACAAGGGCAGGUUUAUCUUUAUUAGCAUACUGUUAUUACUACACACAAGAUUUUAACAAUGCAGCUACAUAUUAUGAACAACUCGUCCAGAUGUUUCCAAAUAAUACUGACUACAAAUUAUAUUAUGCACAAUCGUUACAUCAGGCUUGCAUGUACAUUGAUGCUUACAAAAUUACAGAGGAAAUAACAAACUCAGAGUACAAACUAAAGGUAAAAAAAAUACAGUCUGCUAUUAAAUAUGGUGAGGAGGACUUUACAACAUCUAGAGAAAUAAUAGAAUCAUUUCUUAAUGAAGAUGCAGACUCUGAUAUUAAUAUUGGAUGUAUUUUGUUCCAGGAAGGAUAUUAUGAAGAAGCACUGAAUAAGUUUCUUAUUUGUCUACAAAACACAGGUUUUAAACCUUAUAUAAGCUACAAUAUUGCUCUUUGCUAUUACAAAUUAAAAGAAUAUGGUUUGGCACUCAAAAAUUGUGCUGAUAUAAUUGAGAGGGGCAUAAAAGAUCAUCCUGAACUUGGUGUGGGAAUGCAAACAGAAGGUAUUGAAGUCAGAUCUGUUGGAAAUACUUUAACAUUACAUGAAACUGCUCUCACAGAGGCAUUUAAUUUGAAAGCUGCCAUUGAGUAUCAAUUAAAAAAUUUGGAUGCUGCUCGCGAAGCCUUAACAGACAUGCCUCCACGGGCUGAGCACGAAUUGGACGCAGUGACGUUGCAUAACCAAGCCCUAAUGAACUUUGAUCAGAACCCUACAGAAGGAUUCGAAAAGCUCCAAUUUCUUAUCCAACAAAAUCCUUUUCCACCUGAAACGUUUGCUAACUUGUUGCUUCUCUUAUGUCAACAUGAACUGUAUGAUCUAGCUGCAGAUGUCUUAGCGGAAAAUGCGCAUUUAACUUACAAAUAUCUUACAUCUUAUUUAUACGAUUUUUUGGACGCUGUAAUUACUCGUCAGACGUCGCCCCCCGAUGCUUACCAAAAACUUGACGAUUUAGCCAACAGACAUACAGAAACUUUGCGUAAACUGACUAAACAAGUGCAAGAAUAUCGAAACCAUAAUAACACUGAAAUGGUGAAAAAAACCGUUUUUGAGUACGAAGAAUGCCUUGAGAGGUAUAUCCCCGUGUUAAUGGUACAAGCCAAGAUUUAUUGGGAGUUGGAAAAUUAUGGGCAAGUCGAAAAAAUAUUUCGGAAAAGUGUUGAAUUUUGUAACGAUAAUGACGUAUGGAGACUGAAUGUGGCUCAUGUCCUUUUUAUGCAAGAGAACAAAUUUAAAGAGGCCACGGGUUUCUAUGAACCUAUCGUAAAAAAGUAUAUGAACGAUUUGUUAAGUGUAAGUGCAGUUGUUUUGGCAAAUCUGUGUGUCUCUUACAUAAUGACCUCCCAAAAUGAAGAAGCUGAGGAACUUAUGAGGAAAGUGGAGAAGGAGGAGGACCAACUGAUUGCAGAAGACCCAGAAGUGAAGUGCUUUCAUCUGUGCAUUAUUAACCUUGUCAUUGGUACUCUUUACUGCUCAAAAGGAAACUACGAAUUCGGCAUUUCUCGUAUAAUAAAAUCACUAGAACCUUUCACUAAAAAACUGGGCACAGACACAUGGUAUUAUACCAAACGGUGCUUUCUCAGUAUGAUAGAAAACUUAUCAAAGCAUAUGAUCGUACUUAAAGACACGAUAUUGCAAGAGUGCAUUACGUUUCUUGAGAAUUGCGAGAUGCAUGGCAAAAAUGUAAAGACAAUCGAAUAUUCGCCUUUUUCCGAAGAGGCAAAUCAGAUAAGUGGCAAACAGACAGUCACGUACGAAGCUCGAGCACUUAAAUGCAUCCUUUUAAAAUUGCAAAAUUAUUAAAAAUAGUAAGCCAUCACAUUUGCACCAAAUAAAAAUACUGUAAGUGGCACUGUAUCACUAUUUAGGAAUUUUACCUGUAUGUGUACAUUAUUGUAUUUAAAUAAAAAAUAACUAUAUCGGUUAUCUAAACAUU